CCGACCGUGUACCCGUAUUUCAGCGCGCGCGCCGAAAUCAACGACGAGCCAUUGCGAUCGAAAACCGAACCUGAGCGGAGCACGAAAAACCGAUUAAAGUCGGCCCCGGAAUUUCGAAGACGUAUAUCGUCGGUGUGUGUUUUCGCCGUUUCGGAACCCGGGCCGUUCCCGUUCCGGAUAAGGUACCGCAGCCAGCGGUCGAGGAAAACCCGCGACUUUUUUAAAUACCGUCGUUUAAAAUAUCGUAUUUAA